GGCGAUGGAGCCGACGGAGCAAAAGGCGGGGGACGAGCUCAGCGUGAGCUUUCUAACACAAAGCGUGCUGCUCAAAACCGUGCUGCUCAGCGCGCUUUCCGUCUGCGCAAGGAGCAGCACAUCAACAAGCUCGAGGAGGAUCUAAAGCAAUAUCUAGUCAUGGAGGGGAACUACAAGACUCUUGAGCAUGAGAACUUGGCUUUGAGAAACUACAUCUCCCUGCUGCAGUCCAAAUUAUCCGACCAGAACAUCGACUUCCCACCUGCACCUGAGCAGGCUUCUAUGCGAUCUGCCUCAAUCUCGGACAACCAGCCUUCACAUCAGGAGCAA